CUCCUUUCGCCCCGCACGCCAUCCCUCUCUGCGUAACAGUAAUCGACUCCCUCUUCAAACAACCCCACCCCCCCCCCCCCCCCCCCCCCGACCAGAUCUGUACUUCCAAGUCCAAACCUGAGUCCUCUUCUCUUUCCUCCUUCACGGUUCAAACCCCCCCGACUCUGGCGAAGCUCUGCACCAACUCCGGCGAAGCUCGGCAACUCCGACCAGGUCUUCUCUCUCUCUUUCUCUCCCUGAUAAUCUGAUUUCGUCAAAACCAACCCCGAUCCCAUCGCAAAUGCGCACCUGACGAGCGGGUUCUCAUUUCUUUGUCGCGACUCUCUCAGAUCGAUGCGCUCCAUCGGUGUCUCCUCAACUAUGGCAAACCCAUUACGACUGUACUUGACUUGCAUACGGAACACUCUUGAGGCUGCAAUGUGUUUACAGAACUUCCCUUGUCAAGAAGUUGAAAGGCAUAACAAACCAGAGGUUGAACUAAAGACAAGCCCAGAACUGCUGCUAAAUCCGGUUUUAAUAUGUCGAAAUGAGGCCGAAAAAUGCUUAAUCGAAACAUCUAUAAAUUCACUGCGCAUUAGCCUUAAGGUAAAACAAGCAGAUGAACUGGAAAACAUACUGACUAAAAAAUUUCUUAGAUUUUUGUCAAUGCGGGCAGAAGCAUUUCAAGUAUUGAGGAGAAAACCAGUACAGGGGUAUGACAUUAGCUUUCUUAUUACUAACUACCACUGUGAGGAGAUGCAGAAGCAGAAGCUCAUAGAUUUUAUUGUGCAAUUCAUGGAGGACAUCGACAAGGAGAUAAGUGAAUUGAAGCUGUCUGUGAACACACGAGGGAGGCUUGUAGCUACAGAGUUUCUGAAGCAGUUCAUCUGAUACCUGACUGGUUCCUUACUCCGUGGGAAUAACUUUGUUUUCUUGGAUUACGUACAACCACGGCUGCUUGGGCUACCCGUUAACCAUGUGCUUUCAGGUCAUUAGGAUCGUUCUCGUUGCAGAAUUGGUGAUUUUGUACAGCAUAUACUUCAUUUUUUACCAUAGUUUGUGUUGUUUUCAACGAUCAGUUGACUGGAAUUGCAUGUGGCGUCAGACCAACUCCGACUAGCUAAAAUGUUGAGAUAAUAAGCUAAAGCCAACUUCUAGCAACAA